AAGUUUAUUAAAUAACUCUUGUUUUCUAUGUUUUCCAACAUGAAACCGGUCUUUGGUAUUAAAUAAUUUUCCUUUAACUUAUUUCGGGCUUGGACCCUCGAAAAUUUUACACGAUGUCAUUAGAAACUACCGUCAAGGAAAUAUGCGGAAAUUUGUGUUCAAAUAAAGCUACUGAGAGGAAACGAAGUGUGGAAACCUUAAAAGAUUACCUUACAAGAAAUGCAGUCCCUGAUUUGCUUUCUGACAAUACUCGAAAAAAAGCUGGUUUUUCUUGGAAUGAUUUAUUUGAUAUCAUUACUGACUAUUUGUUGAAGGAAGCAGAAAAAUAUGAAUCUUCUAAAACAUUUCAUACUGUAACAUAUCCAUUAUGUGUAAGCAUACUUCAUUUAUGUGUCGCUGGUUCUAAUAAAGGUAGAGCAUAUAUUAAAUGUGAUAAGAUAAUGGAAGCAGCUAUGUUUGUAUUAAGAAACAAAUAUUUGACAAAUGCAAUUGGGGAUGCCUAUAUGAGUUUGUUGCAAAAAUAUGUUCUACCUUGUGAAAAUUAUGUCUGCCUAAUCACUCCAACCACAUGGGAAGAUUUACUCGAUAUUAGUGUAGCAGGAUGCCUAGAUAAGGUAUCUAAAUUGGAUGAUUUCACAAAGUUAAAGCUUCUUUGGCUUGUAAUAAAAAAUGCAAAGGAAUGUUGUCAGUUUGCAUGUUCAUUGAGAAAUAAUUUAUCUGAUAUUACUAAAUAUUUCCAUAAAAUAAACAAAAAUAAGAAGAUAUUAGAAGUUAUCAUUGAUAUUAUUACAUUAAUACUAGAUGUGCUGUAUUUAGAAAACCGAUUAAGUGUGUGUGAGUUUAUUGAAAAGAAUCUACAUGUCAUAUUUGAAUUCUAUGAACAAAACUUGGAUGUUAAAAAAAAGUCGCAAGUAUUUAGCUUAUUACAAACAUCAAUAGCAAUUCAUCAUCCCUUAGGACGGAUAGAGAAUGAGGAAUCAGCACAAGCACAUAACUGGGAAAUGUGGAAUACAUGCCUUCAAAGUAUCAUGGAUUUAAUAACACUUGAAAUAAAUUACAUACAAAAGAGCCAUAGACAUAGUAAUGUUUUACUGACAUGUACAAAUUUUAAUCAAGUUUCAGCGAUUAUGUUUUACUUGACUUUCAAAAUGUCCACACAAAAUAUUGAUAUAAAUAGUGAUGGUGAAAGAGCGGCAAAAAGACCAAGAACAACUAUCAAUAUAAAUCAAAAGUUUAAAGAUUUAAUCGGAGAGUUCAAACAAAAUCAUAUACCUUGGUUAGGUAUAACAGAAAUGUAUGUAAAACAUUUUGGAUCAUCCUUAACAACAAUUGAUUAUGAAACGCUAUUAAAGACUUUAGAAGAAUUUGUUAGCACCAACAAUAUAAAUGAAAUUUGGUGUAUAUUUGAAUCUUUAACUUGUGAAGUGUUGAAAAAUUUAAAAACAUUAAAAGAUGAUGCUUUUACCAGUUUUAUCGAACGUGUAAAUUCAUUGUGGACGACUUGUGUAAGAUCUUCAACAAGUAGUACAUCAUCUCAUAAAGCAAUACACGGGGUACUACAAACAAUUUUAUCAUUGAAUAUCUUGAAUUAUAUGAACAUUAAGCCAUUAUUACUCUUGUACUAUGAAAAAGGAAUGCCCGUCAGUGAUAGUAGUGUUCAAACUUUGAAUAUAUUAUUUAGAAAGUUUUACAGCAAAUGUUGUUAUAACAAUGGUCGUACUAAAUGUUUCAAAUGGUUUAUAAAUGGUCGAAUAACAGAAUUAAAUGUGGAAAUAUUGAGAGAGUUAUUUUUAACUUUAUUGCUAAAUGAAAAUAUUAGUAAUGUUGAAAAUACUGGUUGCGACAAGAGUAUUUUAUAUUCAGACUUUGAAUUUGAAAUAUCAAAACCAGAAAUAAACAAUCAAAAGAUUUAUCAAGUUUUCGAAUUGAAUGAUGAAAUGAAUUGUCAAAUAUUAGAAUAUUUGCAAGUAAAACUUAUACAAUGUAACGAAAAUAUUGACACCAAAGAUUUUGACAUUAUAGAAUGUUUAAAAAUAUUAAAAAUAACAUUAACAUAUUUAGAUAUCGUAUUAAAAUACAAUCAUCAUAAAGUUUUAUCCGAACAAAUAUAUGAUAAUUUUAAAAGCAUUCUUAAAAUUGCAUACAGAAUGUCAUUAAAUAAAUUAAAAAGUGGAAUACAAAUAAGUGAAAAGAAUGCUCUACUUAGAACAUUGCAAUUGAUACUUCUUGAAGAAUACGAUACAAUGUUAAAUAAUGAUGUGAGAAUUUGUAUUGAUAAUGAUAUCUUUCAUUGCAUCAAUGAUAUUUUAAACAGCGAUGUACCUUCAGAUGAAGACGAAAAUGACACUGAUAUGAGUUAUAAUGUUUUAAAACAUAAUUGUAUAUUUUUCUUAGCAGCAUAUUGUAAAAUGAAUAAUAACUAUCGCGAUGAACUACUAGAAUUGAUUUUAAAUCCAAAGUUAUACAAUUUCUCUUCACGAUUGGAUGUAGAGUUUGCUUUAAAAUGCAUAAGGUUUUUGAAUCAAUCUGAUAUUGAAGAUGCUCCUAUAGAAUUAACAUUUGUAUUAAUGCAAUCGAUGUGCAAAGAUUUGUUCCGCAAUUCAAAUGCGACAGCAGGCAUUUUACAAACAUUGCUACAAAUAAUGAACAGAGUUUGGCAUCACGGCGAUAAUUUGCGUCGCAAUUGUUUGAUAAUGGUGAAGAGUUACUUGCAUAGAUGUGAAAAUAUGUACUACCCACCUCAAGUAGCCGCUCUGGUAUAUGAAUGUACGACAAAAAUUAUAAUAUUAAACUACAAAGAUACUAAUCCUAUUGAACUAACAUUUAAAGAUAUUUUAAUUGACAAAAUAAAGGGGAAAAUACACUCUAUAAGGCUGUAUUGUGGGUACUUGAUAAGUGAAAUGACAGAUGCCUUUACCGAAGAAGAUGAACUUUCCUGUUUAUUAAAUUUAAAGGAUUUAUUUACGGUUGAGGUAUCAAAUGAAACGGAAACAAUUCUAAAAGACGAACUAAAUAACAGAACUGCAACUUUAUUGCAUACAUAUUACGUUUUGGCGCUUAAUAAACCUUCAAGGAUACAUCGAAUCGUGCAAGAAAUUAUAUUUCUACAACGGGAGAAAUCUCUGGAUAAGCAAACUGUGAAAAAAUUCUUAAAUAUUAUAUUGAAUAAAGUAACACAAAAAAAUCUUGAUAAUUAUCUCGAGCAGAAUAUACUAAGUUUAUUGCAAUUUUGGCUCGAAAAGAAAUUGCCUUUAGACAAUUUACCUUUGUACUUAUUCAAUUGUGAGAGUGAUGUGUUUUACAAAAGAUAUAUGAAUUGUCUGGUAUCCGCCGAUAUACUAUGGCGUCAUCAGGGUAACAUGCAGAAAAGUGAUAUGAUGAGAAAAUUUAAACAAAUUCAAUCGGAGGAAACCAUUUUGGAGGAAAGCUUUUGUAACAUCAUAAUAUUGAGUUUACCGUACAUCGUGAAUGAAAAAUACAAUUUGAAUAUUAACAAAUUUAGUUGUAAAGAAUCAACGAGUGCGGCUUGCAGGAUGUUUCAGCAAAUGAGACAGAUGCUGCAAAGUGAGACGUGGUCCAAACUGUUCGUUGAGAACAUGGACAGACUUGUGUUGCUUACAGCUUUACAUUUGAAAGAUAACGCUGAUGCUAAACAAAUAUUUGACGUUGAUGUACCAAACACUAUUGAAUCAUUCACAUAUCCAAAGGAAAUAUUUUGUGGAAUUCUAAAGUAUUUUGGAGAACUUAUUGAUGAUAACAUAAUGGAAUGUUUCUGUAAAGAUCAGCCACUUGCUAUGUUAAAAAAUUUAUUCACUCUGUGGGAGUUAGUACUAUCCGAAAAGAUAUUUGCUUUCAAGGUCAUGUUGUUAUAUACCUUCAUAGUUUAUAUCGAAAAUAUACCUUUAGGAUAUCCGUCAGACGUAAUUAUAUAUAAUUUUUCAUGCGUCAAUAUCUCUAGAGUUAUAAAAGAGACAAAGAUUCAAAAAGAAUUAGAUGUUUUCUCCAAAGCUUUAUUUAGAAUAUUAUCACGUGUUUGUGCAAAUAAAAAUAAAGUCUUUCAAAAGGAGACAGUUGUACAUUUAUUAUCGAUACUGUCAAUAAAAAAAGAUGAAUCUCCUGAAUGUAAUGCAGUUUACAAAUAUGUUAUGAUAAAUUUUAAAAAUGUCGACGAUGACAUGCAAGCUAUGUGUAACAUAUUAACUGAAGUCAGUACAGGAACAUGUCUUACAGAAGAAAACUUCUUGGAAAAAUUGCAAAAAUAUGAACGUAAUUUAUCAUAUGCAAGCAUUGCAACACUGUCCAGUAUGAGAAAGUUUCUAAGCGCGCACAAAAAAUUUUUAAGCGCCGCAUUUAAUAAAUUAGAUAACAAAGGAUUUUCUGAAGAUUGUGAAGACAGUGUGAUACAUAAGAUUAUAGUUGCGUUAUGUAAUAUUUUAAGGACGACGACAAACGAAAAGAUGAUCGUGGAAGCUAGUAAUUGUCUUGCGGAAGUCGGGACGUAUGAUUUAAAAACAUUAGUAACAGUACCACCAAAGGAUACGACACAGCUCGUUAAUAUUAAACCAACGCAAUACUUCGCAAUAACAGUUGUUAAAGCAUUGUUGGAAAUUAUAUUUAAAGAAACACCGACUGUGAGUGAGAAAGUAUCCAAAGCAUUAUUACAUUUGAUGAAAUUUAAAGAUGGCCAAUUAAUUGAUAUAGAAUGGGGAAUAGUCCAGAGUCAAAUAUUAAAAUGUCUUAUGCCGUCAACAUGCGAAUCCUUCGCGCAGUUCAAAGUUCGAAGUGUACCCACAGAUUGGACUCCUGUUAUCAAAGAAGAUCAUUUCCAAUGGAUAACUCGGGUCACAGUAGAUCUGUUACAAACAUUAGAAUCACCACUAAAUUAUCUUAGUUCUUUAAGAACUUUAUGCAGACUUAAGCCUACUAUAUGUCAAAAAAUCCUGCCUUCACUGGUAGGAUUACUACUGGAACACUCUUCGGAGAAUUUAAUGCAAGUCAUCGGUCAACAAAUAAAUACAGUUUUCAAUUACAUUUGGAGCAGAAGUUUCAAUGACAACACCACAGCCAGCGAGGAUAGCACCGUCUCCAAGCUAUCGAACAUUCUAGAUCAUGACCAGAAGAUGAUAGUGCACUACUUACUGGACAUCGUCAACGCUAUACGUCUGCAGACGAACCAUCUUAAAAUACGGAAGUGUCGAGAAGCGGAUACUUUGCGGUAUUUGAAGCUGGAAUACGACAAACUGUCGUGGGCAGCGACAGUGGCGGACAAGAACAUAGCGGCCAUAUAUUACGCGGAGCUGUGGGCGGCCGCGCACAACGACGACGUCCCUCCCGCCUCGCCGGACCACACCGCCUGUCUGCCCGGCGGGGAACACGUGCAGAGAAUACUCAGAAAUUGCUUUGUUUCGAUUGGUGAACUAGACGCAAUAGACGGUUGCGGCACCGCUCAUUUAACGAGCGAGGAAGAGAGACGCAAACAUUUGUUGCACACCGGCCAGUACGCGGAUGCUCUGCUCUUGCAUGACAUCGUCCUCUCUCACGGCAAUCAGGCUGACAACCGUUUGCAACAUGGCGUCGUCAUGUCCCUACAUAAGUCCGGCAUGCAUCAUUUAGCUCUGCAGUACAUCAAAUCAUUUCCUGAAAACGAUGAGUUGAACGACGUCAAAUUUGAUUGUUUAGCUUACCUUGGUGAUUGGAGUGAAGUUGUCGAUACUAAAGAACUAGAAGAAAAGACAAAACAGCCUCUAUGGAAUCCCGAUGUUGUUAUAAAAUCACUGAGAUAUGCAUGUCUAAAGGAAAGUUUGAACGCGGAUGCUAAUCAAAAUUUCGAAGCUAGGCUGGAAUUUGCACUUAAUAGAGCGAAAUUGGCCACUUCCAAAUUAUGCCGGAUUCUAAAUAUGGAGAAUUGUCAGAGCGUUUACAAAGUGGUCGCAAAUUUACAUUUAUUACGUGAUAUACAAGAUUAUUGUUCACUAAGGUGCGACCACACAGAUCUCACGGACUUACUGGAUCGUUGGCAAGUUGAUAAGUUGCCGUCAUUUAAAGAUUUCCGCCAUCUUGAAACUCUCCUGUCACAACGUAGUUUAAUACUAGAACAUGCGGCUAAACAUUAUGAAAGUUUCUCUACUGAUAUUUUGGAUUUGCAAUUACAAUAUGUCGAUAUGGGUCUCUCUAAUCAAAGAGUGCAAAUGGCGCAAAGACUUUUGGAAUCCGUAAAGAAAAUGAAAUCAUCAGAAAAAGUAUGUUUAAAGGAAAGUCAAGUUGCGUGGGCGAAGGGUCACAAGGACAUCGCUCUCGCAUCACUGCACGGAGUUGAAACUGACCAAUCUUCUGACCUUAAAUUAGCUGCUAUGUGUCUUAGGCAAUACGGUCUUUGGAUGGCAGAAUGUAAGCGAGAAAAUGCUAGAGAUAUAAUAAAUAAAUAUUUAGAAAAGAGUCUCGAAUUGUUAAAUGAAGACGACAAUGCAGAGACCACGUUCAAAGUGUAUCAUGAUAUUGCAAAAUUUGCAGACUCGGAAUAUAAACAGAUUGUCUCGUAUAUGAAUUCAACAAUUUUCGAGAAUAAAGUAAAAUGUAUCGACAAUAUGAAAGGAACUGCCGCCUCACUAAAAGGCUCACAAACAUCUUUAACUAAAGAUGAAAGGAAAGCUUUGUUCACAAACGAUCGCUUCAUGCAGUUAGAUGAAGCUGAGGUGUCCAAUACAAGAGCAGAAAAGAAAAGUUUUCUCAAUUUAGCUCUAAGAUACUACAUGUUGUCAUUGAAGCAUUGCGAAGAUAACAAUUUAUCAAUAUUCCGAGUGAUAUCUUUAUGGUUUGACAACCCUGACUUUGAGUUUAGUGAUACAUCUGCAUCCAGCUUCCGUGAUCUGCUGAAUGCUAUACCUUCGUGGAAGUUCAUCACUGUAUUACCUCAGUUAGCGCCACGUCUUAAUACAGACAAGAGUAGCUUUGCUAAAUCUCUCAAAGAAAUUUUAGGCAGAUGUGGUAUCGAGCAUCCCCACCACACACUACCCAUACUGUUCAACUUGAAGAACUCUGACAAGGACAAUGUGAUACUGAACUCCAGCAAGGGCGGGAAGGUGGCGCGCACGUCGGUGGCGGAGCCGCGCGUACUCGCCGCGGACGUGCUCGUGCGGGAACUCUCGCAGCGACCUGACCUCCACACAAUCAUAUCACAAAUGGAACUACUCUGUGAUGCUUUCAUCAGCUUCGCAUACUUGACGCCGAAAAUGAGCAACGGCAAGCCGCAGCGGCAGGCGAUCCCCGCCGCCGAGCCGCUCGCCAAGCUGCGCCACCUCGACUCCCUGCCCAUACCCACCCUCACUAUACCUAUACAACAUAACGGGGACUAUUCCAAUUUACCCAAUAUAACAGCAUUUGAUAACCACUUCGAAUUGGUUGGUGGUAUAAAUUAUCCGAAGAAAAUUUCUUGUCGCAGUUCAGAUGGGAAAUCCAGAAUUUUAUUAAUAAAGGGCGAAGAUGAUUUAAGACAGGAUGCGGUAAUGCAACAAGUAUUCAAUAUUGUUAACACCUUGCUCGAAAAUAAUCCAAUCACUAAGAAGAAUAAACUUUUAAUACGCACAUACAAGGUGGUGCCAAUGUCGCGGCGGUCGGGGGUGCUGGGCUGGUGCGAGGGCACUACACCGCUGGGAGCUUAUUUGCGGGACGCACACAUUCGCUAUAGACCCAAAGAUAUAACGCCCGAAGCCGCUCGGGCCAAGCUGAAGGCGUGUCACGACGGUCGCAAGUCGAAUCAGGACAAACUGCGUGCGUUCAUGGAAAUCCUCGCCAACUUCAAGCCGGUGUUCCACAACUUCUUCACUGAGCACUACCACGACCCCAUCACUUGGUACGAACGUAGACUGGCUUACACGAGAAGUGUUGCCACAUCAUCAAUGGUUGGAUAUAUUUUGGGUUUAGGCGACAGACACGUUCAUAACAUUUUGAUAGACAAGACGACCGGCGAGGUGGUUCACAUUGAUUUCGGUAUUGCGUUUGAUCAAGGAAAAGCUCUGCCAACUCCAGAAACUAUACCUUUCCGAUUAACACAGGACAUUAUAUCUGGUUUUGGAUGCUGCGGAAUUGAAGGAAUAUUCAGAAGGUGCUCUGAGAAAACGAUGCAACUGCUGCGAGACAACCAGGAGACGUUGUUGACCAUCCUGCAGGUGUUGCUGUGCGACCCGCUCUACUCCUGGACGGUCAAAGGCGCUUUGAAGAAGACCACUGCACGCUCAGCUGUAGGAGAGAGGGAGAGGGAGAGUGGUGCGGGGUCAGGUCUGGCGGAGCGCGCUCUGCUGUCGGUGUGCGGCAAGCUGAGCGGCGCGGAGGGCGGCGCAGGCGGCGGCGUGGCGGUGGCCGGCCAGGUGGCUCGUCUGCUGCACGCCGCCACAGACCCCGCUAAUCUUUCCAGACUCUUCCCCGGCUGGCAACCCUAUUUAUAAGUACUGGUAAUGGUACCCUGUACACGGAACACAGAAAAAAAUAUUUCAAAAAAUAAAAGGGUACCAACUUAACAUACUGGAAGUUACAACCUUAAACUGAUCCCACCGUUUUGUUAUGCUUUUCCACAGUUAAUAGUGCCAUUUAUUUUUUUUACAAUAAUAAACCAGUUGUACAAUUGCUACUGAGCUAAAAUAGGCGCAAAAAACCGGCAACCCUAGUAAACAUUAGUAAUGUCAGCCCUCAUCAGUAUAGUUUAACGAGGAUCUUAUGGUAUCGGAAAAUAUGUGAACUAACAAUGUCACUGGACAAAAUUAUGUCAAAAAACUGACAUAACGUCCUCGUUGGACUAUAGAUGUCAUAUGUUUUUCUUUUCCCAUGUAGUUUUUACAUAUUUUCCGACAUAACUAACCGCGAUAGCAGCGCCUCUCACUACUCUCGCCUCAGACUAUACCUACAGCUCAGUCAAGCAUUUGCACAAAACAAAUAUAUAUUAUAAUAGUUUUCUGUGUAAACAAGAUAUGAAUAAUCCUAAUGAUGCAAAACGAAUAUGCUUCAGUAUGUAUAAGUAUUAAGUCUUUGGACUUGUGUCUAGUAUCUUUGCAUUUAAAUAUCUGAUUUUUAUACUUAUGCAUAUAAUAUAAAUAAUCUUAAAUGUUUUAAAUACAAUAAU